AUGUACCGACGGAUACAAAGAAGAUGGAAACCAGUAGAAGCACUCGACUUCGUCCCUCGGAUACCAAGCUUGCGCCACGCAUCUGAGAUGAAGUCCAGGGGAGGCUCACUGCCUGACUGUAGUCGUCGCCUGUUCGGAAUCGAUCACUUGGUGGUAUAUGUCCAAGCUAAAACAAACCAUAAGCACGCGUUGUUUACCGCACAAACAAAAAGCCCUUUUCCGGCCGUCUUGCAUGUCCUUCCGUCCGACCCUCGCCACCUUCUCCAUACACAAAGGACAGCUCGCCAGCGUCGUGAUUGCUACGUCAAACAACGAGAAUUUUCAGCAUCCCAUCUUGCAUUCAAACUCCUCGAACUCGACAUCCAGCUCAAUUUCCUCGACCACGAGGAUGUGAAUGUCGUCGUCGACCUCGGUGCGGCGCCUGGAGGGUGGAGCCAGGUCAUAUCGUGGCGGGCGUUUGGGGUACGGGUCCGAGGAGGACAGCGAGCCAUUACCGUCCACCCUUCCCCGGAAUCGUCGCGUCCUGGUAGCGACUAUGACCCCCUCAAUAUCGAUAGAAUGGAAGAGGAGAUUGCUCGUAGUGAAAGCAAAGGUCGUGGUGCCAUCGUUGCAGUUGACCUCCUUCCAAUGAACCCCAUUCCUGGCGUUCGGUCUCUCCAGAAGGACUUUCUUGACCCUAAAACGGACGUGGCGAUUACGGACCUCUUGCAUUCGUCCAUACCUGGGCUCAGACAGUGGAAAAUGGGUAAAGCAUUGGUGGACGUCGUACUUUCGGAUAUGGCGCCGAAUAUCUCUGGUAAUGCUUUGCAUGACUCUGAGAAAUGA